AUGGCUUCCUCACAAACCGUCACCGUCGACAAUCUCGCCCAAGUCCUCGAGAAUGACAACAUGGUCAAACUCGCAGGCGUCGACGUCGACGGCAUCCUUCGCGGAAAGCUCGUCUCCAAGAAAAAAUUCCUGUCCAUCGCAGAAGCCGGCUUCGGUUUCUGCUCUGUCAUCUUUGGCUGGGACAUGCACGACCGCACAUAUGUCCGCGAGCUCAAGAUCUCAAAUGCCGAGAACGGUUACCAUGAUCUUCUAGCGAUACCAGACCUUUCUACCUUUAGGCGCAUUCCCUGGGAGGACAAUGUGCCUCUGUUUUUGGUGGAUUUCCUUGAUCCUGAUACGCAAAAGCCCAUUUGCGCUUGUCCCCGUGGAUUGGUCAAGACACAACUCGCCAAACUCAAGGAGCAUGGUUACGGUGCUAUGGCCGGUGCCGAAUAUGAAUUCUACCAAUUCAAGACCCCCGAUCCUUCAUCAUCCUCUCCCGCCGCCUACCUCCAAGACAACCCUCCUCACCAGCUCCCCGCUCUAACAGAAGGCAUGUUUGGCUACUCUCUCACCCGACCGGUGCACAACCAAGAUUACUACUACGACGUCUUCAAUACAUGCGCCAAGUUUUCUUGUAAUAUUGAGGGCUGGCACACCGAGUCCGGACCAGGUGUCUUCGAAGCCGCUCUCGAGUUUGGCGAGAUUGCUCAAAUGGCCGACCGCGCUGCGCUGUUCAAAUACGUCGUCAAGAGCGUCAGCACAAAGUACGGCAUCACACCCUGCUUCAUGGCGAAGCCCAAGCAGGGUCUUCCUGGAAACAGUGGACAUAUGCACGUUUCCAUCGUGGACAAGGAGGGCAAGAAUCUCUUUGCGCGCGAGACAAAGGAUGAGAACCCCAAGUGGAGAGACAUUGCCAAUCUUUCCGACAUGGGCCGACACUUCCUCGCUGGUAUUCUUGUCGGUCUCCCAGACAUCAUGCCCAUUCUCGCACCCACAAUCAACUCCUACAAGCGUCUGGUCGAGAACUUCUGGGCCCCCGUUACUGUCUCAUGGGGUCUCGAGCACCGCGCCGCCUCCAUCCGUCUUAUCUGUCCCAAGCCCUCAGCGACGCGAUUCGAAGUCCGCGUUCCCGGCGCAGACACAAACCCCCAUCUCGUCCUCUCCGCGAUCUUAGGUUGCGGCUGGCGCGGUGUAGAGAAGAAGCUAGAGAUUCCUACUCCCCCGCUCGCCAUGGGCCAGGACGUCGGUGGUGACGCUGACCAGGGCGAGAGAUUGGCCAAGAGUCUGAAGGAGGCUACAGCGCGGUUCAUGGCAAAGGAUAGUAUUGCGCGUGAGGUGUUUGGGGAUGAUUUCGUGGAGCACUUUGGUGGAACAAGAGAACAUGAAGUUCGUCUGUAUGACGAGGCAGUUACUGAUUGGGAAAUGAAGCGAUACAUUGAAACUGUUUGA